UGGGAAGGUGGCCUUCAGAGUCAAGUACUUCAUUGGUAGGGAAACUUGGCAGCUUUGUCAUCUAACUCUUCCAGACAAGAAAGUGGAGUUGAAAACUACAACAUGUUAAUGGAAGCAAGGCACCUGUUGAAGGAAAAAAAAGAUCCAACCAUAUAGAAACAGUUGAAGGUAGCUGAGAAAAUGUGAAGCCAUUAUGAGUUGCCAGAAAGCUGCACUUGAGUUAAACACAGGGUCACAGCCUGGGCCAAAGAGCCCUGAGAGAACAGAAGAUGUAACUGCAUUUGAAGACUAUGGCACAGGCCUGCUUGAAAACCAACUCAGCGUGUGUGACUUUGCAAAAAUACAGAAGGCCUUUGAGGCCGCGCUGCACCCCGUGGUUCCUGAGCCCUGGGCUGAAGUACGCCCUGCUGCCUCGCCGGUGCCGCUUUUGCUGUGCAACGAGAGCUCCUGCCCUGGGAAACUUCCUGGCGCCUGACGCGCACCACAGGCUGCAGCAAGACCUGUCGGAAGCGUGGGCUGGGAGGAGCCCGCCAUGGCCCUGUCCUCUCCAGGCUAGGAGCGACUUUGUGGGGUUUGUCGGCCCUUCUCUCAGGUGUCCUGGGUCUCAUGGAUCAGCCGGCGAGCCCUGUCAGAUGCCUCUCUCCUGUCUGGAGGAGCACUCUCCAAAACGCUGCCUGCCACCCGGGUCUUCUGGCGCAGAGUGAGGCCACAUCUGCAGCCCUUACCGCACGGAGUCCCAAGGCAUUCGGGGUGAUCAGCAUGACACAUCAAGAGGAGCCCCGUGGCUGACCCUGGAGGUGGACGGUCGGGUCGGAUUGGCCGCCCUCCAGCACGUGUUUCGAGUGAUGCCUUCCCUGGGUUACGCAGCCCUGAUCUGUAGCACACAACUUCCCAGCUCCAGCCAAUCUGGUCUUGCCGUCUCCUUCCAAGAAGACGUCCACACGGAAGCUGUCCAGGUGGCUCUGGCCAAACCCAAAGAGCAUAAGAUGGCCGGUGCCUAUGCCUUCCAAAUGCAGGUCCCUGGAUGUGCAGACCUCCAUGGACACCUACACCCCUCCAGGUAAAAAGCUGAGCAAACUGAAAAAUCAGCAGUUCUUCUUAAACCUGCAAGAGACGUGAGGUCACAGGCAAGCCACUGUCCCCAGAUUGGCUGGACAGGUAAAGCGGAGAAUCACCGUACACUGGAGCACAAUGGUCCAAGGAAGCCACACUGGGAUUGGAAUACCUGAACUGGAAUUGACAAAUUGCUGCAGUGAGGUGUGGCCACGUCUGAGAGUUGAAACCUCCAGGAGGCCUGUGCAUAUGGGUCUCAUGCUUUUGUGAGUUGUAUCAUCAGAAGCUCAACCAGGUUCUCAAAGUAAACAUCAGAGAAAAAUUCCCUCAUAUUUACUACAGGGUAAAGAGAAUAGGAAUCAUUUUUCAAUAUGGAGGUGCACUCUUCACUAGGUCUACCUUCCAGAGAAGCUAGCUAACUAGAGACUAACCUGGUGGGAUUUUAUCAGAGCCUCUGACCUGGCGGAAAGGGAAAUAUCCAACUCCAACCUCCAGAAGUGAAAAGCAAAAAAGAACAGAGUAUCCAAGCACUAUGGGACAUCCAUAGAGGCAUAAAAUAUGCAUAACGGUAAUGUAAGGGGGAAGAAAGAGGAACAGAAGAAAUAUUUGUAACAGUAAUGGCUGAAUUUCCUCAGAUUAAAGCCAGACACCAAACCAUAGAUCCAGGAAGCUCAAAAAACACCAAGAAGGAUAAAUGUAAAAACGACGACGACAAAAACAACACAAAAAUAAACUCUACUUGGGCAUAAAAUAUUCAAACUAUGGUGACUCAAAGAUUAAAAACCAAAGAAACCAGAGUAAUCUCCUUCCCUAUGGAGGAUCAAAGAUAAGAAUUAUAUUCAUCUUCCCCUCAAAAACCAUGAAAGCAAGAAGUGGAGUGAAGGAUUUGAACUAUUGAGAGGAAAAAAAUUCUAUUAACCUAGAAGUCUAUACUCUGUGAAAUUAUCUUUCAAAAGUGAAGAAAAAGUAAAGACCUUCUCUGACAAAAAUUGCAAAAUUUGUUGCCGGUAGACCUGCCUUGCAAAAAAUGUUCAAAGUUCUUUAGAGAAAAUAGUAGAGGUCAGUAACUCAGCUGUGCACAAAGAAAGGAAGAGCACAGUCUGUUUACAGGGCUCACACCUGUCAUCCUAACACUCUGGGAGGCAAAGAUCGAAAAACAGCUGGAAGCUGCUUAGUUGAGACCAGCCUGGGCAAUGUAGUGAGACUGUCUCAUUAAAAAGAAGCCAAACGUGGUGGCCGACACCUAUAGUGCCAGCUAUAGGAGAAGAUGGUCUUAGUACCAAUGUUGAAGGGAUGGACAGCCCCCAUGGGAUAUUGUUCUAAAGAUACAAGUUGAGAGAAGAUGAGAUUCCAUCCAUUAUAACAAGGGGUGUACACCCCGCCUGUGAUAUGAAUCUUAAAACCUAGAAGAAGAGAGAAUGACAUUCUUUCCAAAAACACAAGGGUUGUACACCCACCCUGUAAUAUUGUUGCUGUCAUCUAAAGGAACAGAUGAUGAUACUACUCCCACUACCGGAGAAGGUCCACGGCAGCUGCCAGUACCAGCUGAUAGUACCCGGCUGCAUCAAACCGUUCCUGAAGGGGACAGGCCAUGCUCAGCAAAAGGGGGACUCGGAGCCUGUCUUCCCAGAGGCUGCUCCCAUCUCCAGGUCAUUCCACAUGUCCAGCCAAUGCUGGCUCACCCCAUGAGCCCCGAAGCCUGUGACACUGCUGUGGUCUCAGCUGCAGGAGGUGGGGACAACCCUGAAACCUCUGGAAGCCUUCCUGACUAUCCCUAUGCUCCACUCACCCCAAGCCUCUUGCCCCAGUCCCACCCUCUCUGCGGGCAGUGGCUGCUUUCCCCAUGGGCUGAGGUCAGGGCAGAUCCUGACGGCUCUGCGAGUUCCAUGCAGGACCCGUGGCUCCAAGCCACAGCAGGGGCACAGCGUUGAGUGACCCAGGCUCCCCUCUGGCCCCUGUCCAUGCUGACCAUUUCCAGGCCCUCCACGGGCCGGGCCAGGUACAAAACCAUCUCACAGGUGUCCUCCCUGGUAAUGUUCCCUGAAAUAUUGACAGAGUGUGACUCCCCAGACAUCCACUCCCAUUUUCAAUGCAUCUUUGGCUCAAACUCUCCAUCCCUGGGUUGGGAUGCUGCCUCCCAGACCUCCACCUUGACCCUCCCAUCUCCCCACCGGCAUCUCCCCAGGCGCUUCCUCCACAUGGGGGACACCCAAGGGACCUAAGACCCAGGCCUGGCCCUCUUCCAGAUGGCUCCCAGGGCCAAGGACAAAGUCCAAGAUGCAGCAGUCCAUUCCCUAACUGCCCCGCCCCACACACGGAGCAGGGGCGUGAGAAGGCCCUGAGUCACCGCAACUGCUCAUCCAAUGCCCCCUGGCCCAGCCAAACACUGGACUCUGUGCUGGGUGCAUGGCUGAGCCUAACGUCAUUGCUCCCAGUCUGAGGGACCUGGGACUGAACACUGAUCACAAAGGUGGCCCGGGCUGUGGCAGAGGGAAGCCCAGGAGCCUGUGGGGGCCCAGGAGGCCCCUGACUCAGCCAGGGGUGGGAGGCAAGGGCAUCCUGAAGGGGUGGGGGCAUCCCAACUACACAGGAAGCAGCCAGCCAAAGCAUAUGUCUCUGCGUGUGCCUGUGCUUGUUUGUGUGCCUGUGAGUGUGCAUGUGUACCUGGGUAUGUGGUUAUGUGUGCACCUGUGCCUGUGUGUGCGCGCACCUGUGUUUGUGGGCCUGACUGUGCGUGUGCCUGUGUUUGCGUGUGCCUGUGUGUCUGUGUGUGUGCGCCUGUAUGUGCAUGUGCCUGUGUCUGUGUGCAUUUGCGUGUGCAUUUCCAUGUGCCUGUAGUGUGUGCAGCAGCUAGUGAGUGGCAGGCUGAGCCAGGACCCACCUAAUCCACCCUAUUCCAGGGCUCACUCUCACCUGUAGACUAAAGGAGACCACAUUUUAGAGGCAAUCGACAAGGAUGCCCAUUUACCCCUGCCUCUCUGCCAGCCUUCCAGGCCCCAUCCAGCCCAGCUUCCUCUCCCACUUCUCCGGGCCCUCGGUCCAGAGCCUCCUAUACAAGGAGGCCUUAGAAAGACAGCCGCCCUUGGGGAAUUCCGAGGGGGCCUCCCUGUGGAAAGUGGGAAGCUGGCCUGGGCUGACAGCAUAGUCACGAUGAGGCCCAGAGGGCUGUGCAUGGGAAGGAGGUGAAGGAGGCCUCUGCCCCUCGACCCCAACCAUGGACUUUGGCCUCUCAGGUACUAAUUGGCCCUUUCCUUCCUCCUGGGCAGGCGGAGUGGGCGGCAGGCUUGACCAAGAGAGAUAAAGGCCCUCUUCUGGGAGGCCUGUCCCUUGGUCCCAGGCGAGCCCCUGAGCGGUGAGCAGCGUCCCUCUGGGCCUGACACCUGGCACCUCCCUGUCUGGCUGGGACUUGGGAGGCCACAGGGACCGCUUCUGACCACCAGGUGUCGCCAGCACUGGGCGGGGGCCUCCCGGGCAGCCCCAGGCCUGUGGUGAGGGAUACGAGGCGGGGUCUUAGGGCUGCUCCAGCUCCUCAUGUUCUAAGGCCCCCAAGAUCUCGGUCCCCGGACUGGAGCGCCCUGGCCCCUCAGCCCAUAAGGAGCACUGACACGGUGCCGGUGCGAUGCGGAGGAGGGGCGGGUUCCUGCUAGGCAGAGGGUGGAGACACCCCAGGUCUGAGUCUGCUAGUCCCAGCUCUCCACCCCUGCAGGGCUGGGGGCAGAGGGAGCACAGCACCUCCCCUCGAGACAGACCUGACCCAGCAAGGUCUCAGCCUGGCUGGCUGGGGCCCCGCCCCACUGCACCUGCUGUGAGCUGGGGUUCCCCUGUCUGUGAACCCAAUGGUAAGACACCGGUCCCACCCCACCCUUCCUGGGUGAUGUGAAGAUUCAAGGUGUCUCGGGACUCCAGGAAGGAGUUGCUCAGUGCAGGCUGGCACCCUGGGCAGGCUUCCUAGAGGAGGCACUGGGAUUUGGGUUGGAUCUUGCAACGUGGAUUCAAUGUGAGGAUGAUGCUGUCCUCCAAAAUGUCCUUCUCCCGACCCUGUUUUCUUUGUUAAAUGCAACUUGACACUUGACUGUCAAGACUCAGCUUGGUGUCACCUCCUCCAGGAGGGUGCCCCUGACUACAAUCCCCCUUCUUUACCCAGAAGCCACCAUUGCCCGCUCAUGUGUCAGCCUCCCUGGUUGAGACUGAGUUCUUGAGGGUGGGGCCUGGCCAGCUUGGGAGCUGGGUUGUAUCUGCUAACCUUGCUGGCUCCUGUAGCUGGGUGCAGAGCUCCAGGGAAGCCACUGGGCCAUUCCUAAGGAAGGCUGGAACCCGGACCCCUGGGGUCUGGGUGGAGAUCCCACUCCAAGGGGGCCGGGAACACCCAGAGCCCUGCCCUCCCCACCCACCUUCAGGUUGUAGACGAUGAUGUCACUGAGCACCAGGUACACCUUCACGUAGUAGAGGGUCUCCUCGUCGAACUCCAGCGGCGAGUUGCAGAGCUACAGGGCCUUGAGGUAGAAGUGCUCCGCUAGCUUGCCAUGGCCCAGCUGGUGGUGCAGGGCGGCCAGCCGGUGGUAGGCCACGCGCUCGUUCAGCCGGUCCCCUGGGGUGUAGGCCAAAGCUGCAGGUGUGAGGAUGUGGCUCCCUGGGGCAGUCAGGCACAGGCCCCUCAGGAGCAGGUAUACAGACCCCGGGCAGCACCUGGCUUGCUUCCAGGCACCUGCGGUCACCUGGGCAGCUCUGGCCAGUCCCUUCCGGGUUCCCAGACUCAUUUUCCCAUCUGUAAAGCAGAACUAAUAAGGCCUGCCCCUGUCUACUGUGAGGCUUUGGCAAAGUCGGGCUUGGAUGGCCCACCUCUGUGACUAUACAUAGCCACCUGCCUUUGCUCUCUGGUUUUAACCAGGGGAGCCCAAAAGCCAUGCAGUCCAGGUGCUCCCGGGCACCCCGGCUCCAUGCAACCCACAGACGUGACAUCCGACUUCUCCUGGGUGUGUCACGAUCAGAGCCCCUUACCUUGGGGAGUCACUGCGUGCCUGAGCUCCAGGUCCCCCCACAGUUGCGCAAACCCAGCUAGGCUGUCUCUGAUGUCCUCCCCUUUGCAGGGCAAGUGCCGUGGAGCCUGCAUUCAAUGCAUUCCCACACAGCUGCACACCUACUCUGUACUGGGCCCCAGGGCACAAGGCGCUGGGGCAUGCGGCCUGCCCAGGGUUCCCUGUCUCUGGAGGAGGACAGAUGACCUGGCACAGCACCGGGGAUGCCUGGCCUUAAGGGGCAGGCUGCUGGAAGGGGAACUGGGAUUUCAUCAGCCAGAGAGUUGUGUGGUUGAUGAUGGUGGGAGGGGCACAAGACAAAGGGAAUGUGCCACUCAGCCUGGCACAUACAGGGACCAAGAUGCCUGGCAUGUCUGGAAGGCAGAGGGCACACUGGGCAGCCCUUGUGAUCAGCAGCAGGAAGAGACAGAGGAAGCAGAGCUCAGCCAGGCAGGGAGCUCUGCGCUACGUGAGAGACCUCGGACUGUGCGCCACGGCCAGAGAGGGAAGCCAGCUGGGCAGAUCUGCCUGCCUGGACAGGAGACUGGGAAAAUCCAGCAGCUGUUUCAGCUCCUGCCCUGCAGACAUGGAGGCUCGACUCUGGCAAUGUGCGGGUCCUGGCAGGGCGGGCGCUCAGGGGACUUACCCAGAGUGAUGCUGAGUGCUAGGGCCAUGUGGGCAAAUUCCAAGCCCUCCUGGGACUCCUCCAGUGUGGCCAGCAUUGCCACCAGCUUGUUGCACAGCUGCAGCUGCGGCUCCGCCUUGCGGUUGCCCGUAGUCACUGCCAGGGGCAGGGCCCGGUCCUACCACACAGGCAGGUGGGGUCAGGCUUCCCGCAGCAGCCACCUUGCCCAGCGCCCUCCUCAGAGCUCAAACGUGCUUGGAGCUUCCCACGCCCCAGUGACCCCUGCACCUCCACAGAGCUCUGUGCUCUGGGAUAACGCACGGUUCAGACACCCAAGUUGGGGGCUGAAGAGUCAUCUGAGGCCCAUCCAGCUACACCUGGCAGCCUCAGACCAGCCUCUCCCACCAGGGCACCGGGGGUCUGACUGCGGGGAGCCAGCACUCCUCUCUGCUCUAAAAACACCACAUUUGUCUGUGCCCAGAGCUGAGCCACACUGUGAGCUCAAAGGAAGGGAGAAGCCGUCCCCGUUUUGGGGUGCAUGCAGAUCUGGGCCCUGGCCCUGGGUCUCCCACUGACAUGCUGUGUGUCCUUUGACAUGUCUCUGUGCCUCUCUGAGCCUCAGCUUCUUCAUCUGGAAGAUGAACUCCCUGACCUCUGCCGAUAACCACAACUAAAAUUUUAGUUUGUUCAUCUCACACAGCCCUCUGGUGGGAGUUGGAAAUUCAGCCCCACGUCUGCCUACUCAAUCCCAAUUUUCAGAACUUUUGCCAGUGAAAAACACACCCAAAACAAACUGUCAACACAUAAUACCUGCUACUUACUUCUUUUUCUGUUGAUCUUUGUUUUGUUACCAGAAAAUAAUUAUCACGGGAAGAAUCACUUGAUGCACUUCGAUUGUAAUUUUAAUCUCUUGUUGAUACUACGACCUUAAGAUUUCCAUAUUAAAACAAAAUGGGGAAAAAACUAAAAUAAAUGAUAGAGACUAAUCAAAAGUUUCUAAAUUCAUAAUGAUGGCGCACCCAAGAGGAUUUCCCUUUUGCUGUUCUACUUUAAACACACAGUGGAAGAAUGGCUACCUGACAAUCAUUUAUUUUGGAUGAGACUCAAAAUCAAAAUGCACAUCCAUCUGCUUAGAAAUGACACUGAUCAAGAGGUGUUCAAACUCAUCGAUAUGGCCUUUGGAUCAUAAAAUGCUCUUCUGUUUAGGGAUCCACUCAUUAAAUAUUUUCUUGUGCUAUAUGCCAAGCUCAUUUGGUCUAAAUUUAAAACUUUUUUUAUAGUGUAAUGUGUAUUACAGAUUAUCCACACCCAAAUGAAAAACUACAACUUUUUGAUUGUGCUCCAAAUGUUAUAUCUGGUCUGCCAUGUUUAUUUAAGAGCUUAAGUAAAGGGUCUUCUGCUUGGAAUUUUCAAAAUUUAGACUAGAACUGGAAUAAUUCCUAUCCCAGACCCCUACUAUUGAGGCAGGAGAGUAAGGUCUGGAGGCAGGGAACCUAAAGUCGAUUCAUGCUGACUUCCUAGAACUAGAUCAAAAGGAAAACCCCAACUUUCCACAUCUCAGUAACAAAAGGACCAGAGGCUACUCUUUCUGCAACUCCCCCACCCGUUUCUGGGUGGCAGAUGAAAAAUUGAAAGUACCUCUGAUUGGUUGCUCCCCACAACCAAUCAGACAUUUGCAUAGGAGUAUAACUUUGUAACUUCACUUCAGCCUCUGAUUGGUUUCUUUCCGCAACCUAUCAGACUGAUUUGCAGGACAAGACUUAAUUUGCAUAGGAGUGUAACUUUGUAACUUCACUUCAGUCUCUGAUUAGUUGCUUUCUGCAACCAAUCAGACUGAUCAUGGGCCACUACUUCAUUUGCAUGCCUCUAGAGGGUAUUUGGAGCCCAGAAGAUCCUGUAACUGGGCCCCUUUAGCCGCUUGCUGUAGCUGCUCCCACCCUGUGGAGCGUACUUUCAUUUUCAAUUCUCUGCUUUUGUUGCUUCAUUCUUUCCUUGCUUUGUUGUGCAUUUUGUCCAAUUCUUUGUUCAAAACGCCAAGAACCUGGACAGCUUGCAGUCAAAAGACCCUCCACCGGUAACACUGUUUAGAUGAAAGGUUUCUGUUCUUUGGUUUUGUUUUGUUUGAAAUAGGGUCUCGCUCUGUCACCUAGGCUGGAGUGCAGUGGCGCGAUCACAACUCACUGCAGCUUUGAUUUCCUGGGCUCAAGUGAUCCUCCCGCUUCAGCC